GUCUUCAUUCAGCAGCAACUCUUCAACACAAGAGAGAGAGACUCUUGAAGGCACACAGAGAGACAGACAGAACAGAGACUCAGGCAGUGAGACAGCAGGGACACACACAGCUCUCUCACUCUCUCUCUCUCUCUCUGAAGUGUGUGUGAGGGUUAGGCUAGGGUGAUUGUGUGUGUGUGGAGUGUUUUCUCAGCUAUUGUUCUGAAUGGAGCGAGUUGGAGUUGUGGAGCACACAGAGGCUCCUGAGACGCUCACAGAGGAGGACAUGUGUGUAAUCCAGGACACAUGGAGACCCGUCAACGACAACAAAGAGGACGCUGGAGUCGCUGUACUCGUCAGGUUCUUCGGAAACUUCCCGUCGGCUAAGCAGUACUUUCCUCAGUUCCGUGACAUCCAGGAUCCGGAGGAGAUGCGUCAAAACGCUCACCUGAAGAAACACGCCCUGCGGGUGAUGAAUGCCCUCAACAUGCUGGUGGAGAACCUCCAUGAUGGAGACAAACUCAACAGCAUCUUCCAGCAGAUGGGCAAAUCUCAUGCCAUCAGACACAAGGUGGAUCCCGUUUACUUUAAAAUUCUGGCUGGUGUGAUUGUGGAGGUACUGGUUGAAGCGUUCCCACAAUUCUUCAGUGCGCCGUCAGUGCAGGGGUCAUGGUCUAAGCUCUUGGGUGUGCUGUACUGGCAGAUGAACAGAGUGUAUGCCGAAGUCGGCUGGGAGUCCAUCAAAAACAACACAAAGUGAUGGAGAAUGACAGCAAAUGGAUUAGUUUAACUGGAUAUAAACAAUCAGCAGGGUGACAGACAGAUGGACAGUCUGAUUCCCGUUCAGACCCCACCCAUCUUUAAUAGACCCCGCCCAGGAACUGACACCAAAGAUUGUCGCAGAAAGGUCAUACACUGAUUCAUUUAUAUAUUUAAUGGUUAAAAAGACAACAAGAGCACCUAUGAAAGGAAAAAUUACACAUAUUCAUACACUGACAUUACAUGAUUAAAUAUCUGUGUUUUAUUACUGCCAAACACAUUACCGUAUGUUUUCUGCUCAGAAAUAAACAGUGUUGAUCGCUGCAGAAAUGGCAUUGGCCCACACACAUACCUUUAAUUAUUUACACAUACUCCAGAUACAUCGACGGCCAGUACACAACCACUUAUCACGUACAAGAACGUGCAUUUUUGAUCAAACACUUCAGUUUUAUGAAUAGAGUAAAAACUGUAACAAAUAUUGAGUGCAAUUUAUGUGAAUGAUUUUGGAAGAGAUUGGGUGUUUUUGUAAUUGUGCUGUGUGUGUCCGUCCUGUGAGCACAACUAAUCAAAAUGAAAUCACAGGGACUAAUCUGUGAUAGACUUCUUUUUGUACUUAAUAAAAACUUUUGUAACAGUGAAAUAAUCAGUUAUUCAGAAAUAAAAUCUGAAAAGAAAAUGAAGUUUGAGGACUCAUGACUGGAGUUAUGUAUAAUUUUCUCUCCCUCUGUCAAUCAUUUUAAUCAGUUGAAUCGUACAUGUAAAAGAUGUUUCUGCAACAAUUUGCUGUGAACAUCGCUUCUCCACUCCUUAUUGUACUUCAUUAUACCCAUAAAACUAUUUCGACUCAUCCCUCCUCUUCUUUAAGAAAGCAAAAAUCAGUGAGGCACUUACAGUGGAAGUGAAUGUGGCCAAUAGUGUGAAGCUUAACAUUUUUACAAAAGCACCUACAUUAAUUCUU